AUGAAGACACUCUGGGUGUCCCCGUCCGUAUGGAUAGCGGCUCUAGUUGUCUCAGCAUCCGGCCACACCCUGCCCUCAGCAGACGCUGCUUCGUACAACGACAAACGCAGCACAGAGUCCCAGCAAGUGUCCGUCUUCCGCGGCGAGUACGGCAGAACGCCGCAACAGGUCGCAGAUGUCGGAGGUCUAAUGUCAAAAGGCUACGCGAGAAACUUCGACGUCCCGCUCACUCCGGCCGAGAGAGGCUGGGGAAGCAGCCUGACCGAGCACAUAAGCGGACGCAACAAGGCCGUCUCGCUGUUUGUUUCCACGACCUACGACCCCGUGAUUGCGAUGAAGUUUGCCAGCGGCGGGGAGACGGCCGAGUUUUACAUCUACGAGGCGGCGCUGGACGACAAGGCCAUCGACGUGGAGAAGUCGAUACGCAAGUUUGAGAGGUCGUACGCGGCCACGCAGAAGGAGGUAGCCUUCGUCAAGGGCAUCCCGAACGAGCAAAUCAGGGGCCAUUAUGUCAUGAGACCGGGCGACUAUGACCCCACGACGCAUCUUGGCAUCGACGAGUUUAAACAUCGGUUUGCGGACCGCUGGGUUCCGAAUCCGCAGUUCAAUCAACGCUACCUGUCGACCAAGUCUGCCAGGACGCAAAGCCAGUUUGAUAAGUUAUAUAAAGGACCUACCACGGCGCAGCAGGAGGCAUUCGCCAAAAGCUACGCGGCGCAGCUGGGCAAAAAGGACGUACAAACGCCACAGUCGGCAGCGAAGGCGCUCGAGUCGUUUUUCAAAAAGGCUAGCCCGAGCGAAAAGCUGCUUGAGAGCUCCCGACCGAACAAGAGUCGCCUGCCGAAAAUGAAGCCCGUCGACGGGUCCAAGGUCCGGACCAAACCGGGCAAGGGGCCGGCCGAGGUGGGGCCGAGGCCGGGUCCGCAUGUGCCGGGGACUCCGGAGGUGCGGCCCAAGCCCAAGCCGGUAGAUCUGGCACCGGCGAAGCCAAAAGAUGUAGCGCUAGCCAAGAAUGCAGAAAUGGUGGCUGCCGCGGAGAGGCUGUCAGAAAAGGAGUUUGCAAGCGCGUCGCGCAGGUACGGGCUUAAAGCUAUCGUCGAAGGACGGUGGAACACGGACCUGUCCGUGGUGAGGUCCAAAGCCUUGGGCCGUGGCAAGCUCUCGCUCAGCUCGCCUAAACUAUUGCCCAAGGGUAGCAAGCUGAAGGCUGGUAUGGGCGCGUUGGGGGCGGCAGGCAUUGGUCUCUGGAUCCACGGCAUGGUGGAGGCCUUUACGACCGAGACGAGCGACUGGGAUAAGGCGGCGGCUGUGACGGCCAUUAUCCCCUUUGUCGGCUGCGGCACGAAUCUCAUCGCACAGGCGGAGAAGGCCGACGCAAACACCGCCCUCGUUGCCGUUGACACGGGACUAUGCGUUCUAGGCGAUGCGCUGCUGCUCGGCGGCGUUACGGCCCCCCUCGGCGUCGUCGUCCAUCUGUCCCGGUUCCUCGUCCAGUUUUUCGAGCCGCCGCCGGACCUACCAACCUAUCAGGAAAUCCACGCAAUGCGGGAUAAGCCGUGGCAAGCCUUCCUUGAAGAGCACCUGAACAAGCACCUCGUCUCCGAGGAGUGGCGCAAAAAGCUGGAGGCCGCCGUCGCCAUCGAGUCCCUAGGCAUCUGGUCCAAGGCCGCCGACCGGGUCGGCCUGCUUGAGGCCGCCAAGGCAACCGUCUUGCAGACUCCGGACCUGUCCGAGUCGCGGGGCGAAGCGCAAAAGGCCAUCGAGCAGGUCCGGAACGGCGCCAAGGCCGAGAUCCUGCGGCGUCAGCGCCGGUACCUGCUCAGCCUGCCUCAGACGCUGCACGAGGGCUUCGCCAAGUGGUUGGCGGCGACGGCAGACACGUAUAACGCGGACUUUGUGAGAAAGAUCAAGUCCGACGACAUGGUCGAGCGGUAUCCCAGCUACAGCAAGGUAGUCGCCUGGAUGUUCUCGAGGCAGAGAGUAUACGCGGCCUCCCACGAACGGAUGGCAACUGCCGCCUGGCUACUCGAGGGCGAUCCGCCGCCAAUGCCCAGCCUCUUCACCUUGGCCUACUUCGUCGGCGUCUCAGCCGGCGUCGACGACCCGCCGCCGCCAAGGAUCAAUCCGAAGGGCGGACCGGGCUUCGCCAAAUUCACCCCGGCGGAGCCCGGGGACUGGAAGUGCGCUGUCGACCCGGACGUCAUCGACCCGAUGCUGUACUUGGAGGAGAAGACAGGCCGAAAGCGACACCUGGUGCUCGUCCGGCACACUGUCGCCGUCGUGCGCCUUCUACUUGGCCAUAUCAAGGAGUUUCAGCUACCCGCGGAGGGGGAAGGCCUGUCUAAUGUCCAGGAGUUUCAAAUGCUGAUAGCUAUGUACAUCGGCAAUACCUUUGCCGACUGGAAGGAGAUACAUAGACACAAGGUCGGCUAUAUCCACAAGGAUUUUGAAAAGGACAUGAUUGGGCUUAUGCAGCGUCUCUAUAAUAUUCCUCGAGCCGAGGCCGGGCAGCUUGUUCGGACCGCAGGUGAACACGCCUAA